CGUCGAUUAGCGUCGACUUGCGUCGAUUAGCAUCGAUUCGCAAGAGCCGACAAGAUGGUAUGGGAGGCUCCGCCGUAGCCAUUUGGGCUCAAGCUGGCUUGGCUCAAAGACUUUCUGUCUGUUGAUAUCAGUCGAGCGGCACUCGAUUAGGAGCGUCUCGGGGUCAGGUCGAUCUGUUCCACUUAUGGCUCCCUCUGCGUCAAGCGUUUCGUGCGUUUCCUCCGCCGCCUCUUCGGACGAAAGGCAGCCACGGCACGGCUACACAGUCGAGUGCAAGGCGACGUUCCUUCACGUCGUGGACGACGUCGAGGCGCGCUUGCGGCAGCAACGGCUUUCACGCUCCACGUCUGCUCCAGCCCUUGUGGACGCCCUCCUUUGCUCCAGCCCGUCUGCCCUGGGGUCGCCGCAGCAGUCGCAACCACGCAGCACGGCGCAGUGCCAGUACCAGACGCAGCGCAAGAAGCACCAGAGGCACGUGAAGAAGAUGUUGAGGCGCGCACUUGCCGACGAGCCACGUGAGGGCGUCGUGAGGCUCUGAGGACGUCAUCGCCUUCCCCCGUCCUCCUUUCCUGUAUCUAUAAAGGCGUCCAUCCUCGUCAUGCUCCUCCUCGUUCUCCUGCUUGACUUACUGCUUGGCCGGAAAUCGUUUAAGCUCGGCCUGGCCUCCCAUUUCUGGUGCUCUCUUCUGGCGCACGCCUCCUGUGCGGCAGGCUGUCUGCCCCUGCCGACCUCGCUCGGCGGCUGGCUGGGCGGGGAUGACUCCUCCCCCUCCUCCUCCUCCUCCUCCUCCUCCUCCUCCUCCUCCUCCUCCUCCUCCUCCUCCUCCUCCUCGCGAUGCGCGCGCGACUCGCGGUGCGGGAUUCGUCCACGCAGGCGCCCGCGAGGGCAGCGCCGAGGCGUGGGCCACCGCGCCGGUCGCCGCUGUGGCGCGGCCCUUUGGGCCUGCCGCCACGUGCUGCAGGGGGCAGGGGC